UUCAAUUCCUCAAUUCAGUUCCAAGCUUCCAGCCCUCCGGGAUGGACUCCCACCACCCCUCGCCGGAAUACAGCUCGCUCCUCCUCGCCGGCCCUCGUGCUGGCGCUCUGAAACAAGCUCACGCGCGCAUCAUCGUCACAGGCCACAGUCGCUCCCUCCCCUUCAUCACCAAGCUGGCCACGCUCGCCGUCGCAGCUGGCGCCGCCCCGUACGCGCACCUCCUCGCGACCUCCCACCCCGCACCCGACUCCUUCCUCUUCUCCUCCCUCACGCGUGCGGCCGCGCACCACGGCCUCCCGGUCGCCGCUAUUGCCUUCUACCGCAGCCUCCUCUCCGCCGCCCUUCCUUUCUCCAGUUUCACCUUCACCGCCGUCGCCAAGGCCUGCGCCGACCUGUCCGCCAUCCGAACCGGCACGGCCAUCCACGCGCACUCCAUCGUCCUCGGGUUUGGCUCGGACCGUUUCGUGCUGACGUCGCUUCUUGUGCUGUAUUCCAAGUGCGGCCAACUGGGUGUUGCACGCAAGCUGUUCGAUGCAAUUCGUGAUAGAGGUGUUGUCGCUUGGAACGCGAUGAUUUCUGGGUACGAACAGAAUGGGCUUGCCGAGCGGGGGAUCGAGGUGUAUAGGGAGAUGCAGGCGGCGAAGGCGGUGCCUGACUCCAUGACGUUUGUAGCCACGCUCUCUGCUUGCGCACAGGCUGGUGCACUGGACUUGGGGCGUGAAGUGGAGAAACGUAUUGUUUCUGAAAGAAUGGACAUCAGUGUGUUUCUUGGCUCUGCUCUUGUGAACAUGUAUGCCAGGUGUGGUGUUGUGGACAAAGCUCGCAGAUGGUUCGAUGCGCUCCAGGAGCGGAAUGUGGUUACAUGGACUUCCAUGAUCGCUGGAUAUGGAAUGCACGGCCAUGGUCAUGAGGCGAUCAAGCUGUUCCAUUUGAUGAGACGCGAGGGGCCGCCACCCAAUCAUGUCACGUUUGUUGCUGUUCUAUCUGCAUGUGCACACGCUGGGUUAGUCAUGGAGGGUCGUGAUGCUUUUGACUGCAUGAAGAGGAUCUAUGGACUGGUCCCUCGUGUCGAGCACUAUUGUUCUAUGGUUGAUAUGUUUGGAAGGGCUGGACUUCUUGAUGAAGCAAUGCAAUUUAUAAGUGAUUAUAUGCCUGGAGAGCCAGGGCCUGAAGUUUGGACAGCAGUACUUGGGGCAUGCAAGAUGCACAAGAAUUUUAUUCUUGGGGUGGAGGUGGCUGAGCGAUUGAUUGCUCUCGAACCUGAGAAUCCAUCCUACCAUGUUUUGCUUUCUAAUAUUUAUGCUCUGUCUGGUAAAAUGCACCAUGUUGAGAAGGUGAGGAAUACCAUGAUUAAGAGAAGAUUGAAGAAGCAGAUAGGAUUCAGCUUGAUUGAGCUAGGAGGUACUUCCCAUUUAUUUCGCAUGGGUGAAAAGUCUCAUCCACAGACUACAGAGAUUUACCAGUACUUGGAAGAACUGAUUCAUAGGAUUAGUGCUGCUGGCUACAUGCCUGAAACUGAGUCAGUUCUGCAUGAGUUAGAAGAGGAGGAGAGAGAGGGUGCACUUAGAUAUCACAGUGAAAAAUUGGCAGUAGCAUAUGGGCUCAUGAUGAGCGUUGGGAGCACCACUCCUAUCAGAGUAAUAAAAAACCUGAGGAUAUGCGGGGAUUGCCAUCUCGCCAUCAAGUUUAUGUCAGCUGUGGAGAAUCGGGAGAUUGUUGUCAGGGAUAAGCACCGUUUUCACCAUUUUAAAGAUGGCAAGUGUUCUUGUCUGGAAUAUUGGUAACAAACUCUCAUCUGUCGUUAGGUACAGUUGCCUGGUAAUAGUCACCAACAAAAUAGUAUUAUGGAAAUGAACAACUACAUUCACAUACACCGCCUGUCCUGGAAUUCUGCCAUCAAUUAUCACCAGUACUAGAAGAUAACCUCUUCAGGGUAUUCUACUUCAAGCUGUGGGGUGAUUUUUUGUGAUACAUAGUCCUGAUAUUGCAUCAAAAUACGAUUGCUUACCUCCAUCCAUUUCAUUGUCAGAUGGGUCCAAUGCUUCUCAUUUUUCUGAACAUCCACAAUACCAGCGACCUACAUAUUUCUGAACUCCCAACAUAAUUUAAAGGGUCAGGAUGCUGAAAGACAACAAAACAGCUCUGGUAUUCUUUGCUAGCUCAUCCGAAAGAUUGAAGAGCGAGGUACAGUGCAUGCAUCCAAGUACCAUUCUUAUGUGGUUGGACUUUUGCUUUCGAUAAUUCUGUCUCGGUCCUCAAUAAUGCCUGCAAGGAGGGCACAUCAAGUCCAACACCAGUUUUCUGAAGCAAAUUCGUCUGUCUAAUCCAUGCAGCAGAAGCUGUAUAUAAUCGACUACAUUUGAAGCCUUGUUCUGAAGAUUGCCCACAUUGGUGAGUGGUGACUGACACCCAUUAAGGUCGUGUGUAAGUUUGUAAAUUGCAACUACUAAACGGCCAAGACUAGAGGAUUAUUGAGUUCCAUGUACCAAACUUUAUGUUCCAUUGAGGAAUAAUGAGCAAAAUACACUUCACUUCAAAUGGAGACCGCCCUUGUGACUUGUGAGCACGGACUUACUUUGUCAUUGUCCUUUCGGAGGUACAUUAUCCUUGAUUCCUUGUCACUUGCAUGCUACCAGCUUUCAUCAGAGCAAAUCAGGGCAUGCCCAGCAGGUAGCCCUAGGGGCAAAUUUGACAAUUUUGACCUUUGGACGAAAUCAAUUCACAGAAUGAACUGCCCGUGAAACUAUUUCACUCCCCUGACCCUUUUGUGUAGCGCUCGCUACGCAGGCGCCACAUCCUACGGUGUAACCCCCAGCUCGGGGGCGUUGCACGCCAGUCCACCGUGGCAGCCCCUGGGCCCGCACCCAGCAGUGCAGCGCCUCCGAGCUAGGUGCCACACAUGUAAUGUGCAGCGCCUA